CCCAACUCACUCACAGUCGUCCUCCCACAUGCUCCGUCCCCUUGCUUCAACCACUGCAUGUCCAAGGUGCAGCCUUUUGGGAAGUGCAUCAAUGACAGUCCAAGUCUUACAAGACUGCAAUUUGCAGAAAUUGUAACAAAGGAACCUGCUGAGACUGACGGUCAUUAAGAACGAGAAGUGCAGAAAAGCCUACACUCAUCUGGCGGCACACUGGAACACACAGGUUAAGCGGUAAAAUGGCACUUCUUCUGAGCAUUUUUUGCAUCUUGUGUCUGGUUGGACCCAUUCUCAGCCAGGACAUGCCUUAUGAGGAAUUUGUAGCCCAAAUCCAAGCCUGCCCGAAACAGUGCCGUUGCUCACCCAGCUUCCCUCGUGCCGUUUACUGUGACAACAAAUCCCUAAAGAGCAUUCCUAAAAUCCCCCCAUAUACAUGGUACCUCUACCUGCAGAAUAACUUAAUUGAAGUGCUGUCAGCAGAUGCCCUGCGUGACGCCAAACAACUCCGCUGGCUGAACCUGAAUCAGAACAGAAUCACAAGUGAGGGUGUGGAAGAAGAAGCCCUGAAGGGAAUGCCCUACCUCGCACAUCUCUAUAUGGAUGACAACCUCUUGUCCUCUGUGCCAUCUCCCCUACCAACCAAUCUGGAACAUUUACGACUUUCUCGCAACCGUAUCUCCAAGAUCCCCGCUGGCAUCUUCAAUGGUCUAGACCAGCUUAACCUCCUGGACCUUCAGGGGAACAAAUUGAUGGAUGAUGCUGUAACUGAGGUGAGCCUGAAAGGACUUAACAACCUGGUUCAGAUCAAUCUGGCAAAGAACCAGCUGAGUAGCAUGCCUGUUGGCCUACCAGACACCACAACCCAACUGUUUCUAGAUGGCAAUAACAUUGACAAAAUCCCCGCUGACUACUUCAAAAGUUUGCCCAAAGUUGCAUUCGUCAGGCUCAAUCACAACAAGCUUGACAGCAGCGGAGUUCCCAGGGACGUGUUCAACGUCUCCAGCAUUUUGGACUUGCAGCUGUCCCACAACCAGCUGACCGAACUGCCCCUCAUUCACUCAGGCCUUGAACACCUUUACCUUGACCACAACAAGAUCAAAAGUGUCAGUGGUCCCAAUGUCUGCCCUGUUUCCCUUGAGACUAUGGAUGACACAGAGGCCGAAAAUGUUCCUCGGCUGCGCUACCUCCGACUGGAUGGCAAUGAGAUUAAGCCACCAAUUCCCAGGGAUGUCAUCCUCUGCUUCCGUCAGCUAACAUCCAUUGUCAUCUGAAUGGGAAAUUUGCUUCUGGUCAAGUCCCAGCAACCAAAUACUUGUUAAUGUAGAUGCUCCUGAGAUUUGGAGCCAUAUGUCAUCAUUUGUGACUGUAAUUUUUCUAAAGCAUAUUUGUUAAACUCAUACAUUUGACACUAAUCUGGAUCAAUAAUUUUGUUGGUUUAAAUUA